AAGCAGCAGUGGCAGGAGCACAAAAUAUUCUUUGGUACCUACUACCAUUGUAUAAUUUUAUGGUACCACCCAUGUAAGCAGGUGCUUAAAGUCAACACAGGUAGAAUCACGAGCCUUGGCAUCACUUCACUAACAAUUGCAUUUCGUCUUAAUUCGGGUACUAAGCAUACAGACCUCGUACUGCUUUGAAUCAUGUGAUGGAAUAAUGAAAAGCGCGAGUUGAAAGAGGUACCUUUUAACAGUUUAACUAGGCGGUUUGUUGGGAUAAGGCGUGGUGGAAAAAUAGUACUUUUUUUUGUGGGUGGUUUUUUACGGAAACCACAAUGGGGGCGAUGUUUCGUAGUGAAAAAAUGGCUCUGGCCCAGCUAUUUAUACAGCCGGAAGCCGCUUAUUUUGCUAUAUCGGAAAUGGGCGAAGUUGGUUGCGUACAAUUCAGAGACCUCAACAAAGAAAUUAACGCCUUUCAAAGGAAAUUCGUCAGCGAAGUGAGAAGGUGCGAUGAAAUGGAAAGAAAACUUAGAUUUAUUGAAUCUGAAGUGAAAAAAGAUAACGUUAGAAUACCCGAUGUCCAUGAGCUACCCAAAGCACCAAAUCCAAGAGAAAUUAUCGACUUAGAGGCUCACUUAGAAAAAACCGAAGGCGACAUCAAAGAACUAACAGAAAAUUCCGUAAGCUUAAAGUCCAACUACUUGGAACUCAUUGAAUUGCGUCACGUUCUAGAAAAAACCCAGCAGUUUUUCAACGAAGAAGAAUCAAUCGGUUAUGAUUCAGCUCACAAGUAUCCAUUCCAGGCUCUAAUUCCAGACGAACAACAACCCAAUGUCUCAAUCAGAGGCCAUCUAGGUUUCGUAGCCGGCGUAAUCAACCGAGAAAGAGUACCAGGUUUCGAGCGUAUGCUCUGGAGAAUUUCCAGAGGCAAUGUAUUUUUACGACGUGCAGAAAUCGAAAAGCCCCUUGAAGAUCCUCAAACUGGAAACGAACACUUCAAAACAGUCUUUGUGGCCUUUUUCCAAGGCGAGCAGCUCAAAACUAGAAUCAAAAAAGUAUGUGCGGGCUUCCACGCUUCUUUAUAUCCGUGCCCUAACACCCAAAAAGAACGCAACGAGAUGUUGCACGGAGUCAAAACACGCUUGGAAGAUUUGCAAAUGGUCUUGAACCAAACCCAAGACCACAGACAAAGAGUCUUGGUUAGUGUGGCUAAAGAAUUACAAAAUUGGAGCGUGAUGGUUUGUAAAAUGAAGGCAAUCUAUCAUACAUUGAAUUUGUUUAACAUGGAUGUUACUAAGAAGUGCCUUAUCGGUGAAUGCUGGGUGUCUUCUCAUGACAUACCUGUUGUCCAAAAAGCUUUGUCUGAUGGAUCAACUGCCAGCGGUAGCUCAAUUCCUUCAUUCCUAAAUAUCAUUGGCACCAAUGAAAUGCCACCAACUUUCAAUAGGACUAAUAAAUUCACAAGAGGCUUCCAGAAUUUAAUUGAUGUUUAUGGUGUUGCUUCUUAUAGGGAGUGUAAUCCAGCUUUGUAUACAAUCAUCACAUUUCCGUUUUUGUUUGCUGUAAUGUUUGGCGAUUGCGGUCACGCGGUUGUAAUGGCAGCUUUUGGUUUGUGGAUGAUCCUUUCCGAAAGGAAAAUCGCAGCUCAGAAGGGGAAAAGCGAGAUUUUCAAUAUUUUCUUUGGAGGGCGAUACAUUAUCUUGCUUAUGGGCAUCUUUUCGUUUUAUACAGGUUUUGUCUAUAACGACAUCUUUUCAAAAUCCGUCAACAUAUUUGGUUCGGCUUGGAGAAUAAACGCGACAACUUUACCACCAAAUUUCACUGUACACACAGAAAGUGACCAUACUUAUGAAGUGCAACUCAAUCCUAGAGAGAAUUACCUGGGUUCUCCUUAUUUCAUUGGUUUAGAUCCAGCAUGGCAGGUAUCCAAAAACAAGAUUAUUUUUUUGAACUCAUUCAAAAUGAAGCUUUCCAUUAUCAUUGCUGUUGUUCAUAUGAUUUUUGGUGUAUCAGUGAGCACUUUUAAUUUAAUUCACUUUCGCAAAUACGCAAGCAUUUUCUUGGAAUUUCUACCACAAAUCUUACUCCUAUGCUUCCUCUUUUUGUGGAUGGUGGUCAUGAUUUUCAUCAAGUGGAUCAUGUAUGCUGGAACCUUAGACGGAAUUGACACGAAACAUGGUUCAUCAUGCGCACCUUCAGUCCUAAUCUACUUCAUCAACAUGAUGCUAUUUAAAGGUGCCGAUAAAACCCAUGAAGAUUGCGACGCUUACAUGUUCGACCUUCAAACCACCGUUGAAAAAAUCUUUAUUUUUGGAGCUUUACUUUGCAUUCCUGUAAUGCUUCUAGGCAAACCGAUUUAUAUUAUGGUUGGACGUAAAAGUACCAAGAAACAUCACGUCAAUGGUAAAAGUAAUGGAGACAUCAACCAAGGUUUGGAAAUGAACGAAGUUUCAAAUGGUUCAGACGCAACAGUACCAGCCGGACAGGCAGACAACCUGCACCUAGAAGAACAUGAAGAACCAAUGUCUGAAAUUUGGGUGCACCAAGGCAUUCACACCAUUGAAUAUGUAUUGAGUACCAUUUCACAUACAGCUUCUUAUUUACGUUUAUGGGCUUUGUCUUUGGCUCACGCACAACUUUCCGAAGUACUCUGGAGUAUGGUCUUCCAAAUGGGUCUAACAACAGCAGGUUACAUUGGUUGCCUUUUCAUUUUCAUUUUCUUCGCCGUUUGGGCUGUUUUCACUUUGGCCAUUCUGGUGCUGAUGGAAGGUUUGUCCGCUUUCUUGCACACGUUGCGUCUUCACUGGGUCGAGUUUAUGUCCAAGUUCUACGAAGGUCAAGGUUAUCCCUUCGAGCCUUUCAGUUUCAAGAAGAUUUUGGAUGAAGAAGAAGAAGCUGCAGAGUGAAAACGUCUUUUUAUUGUUAAUGUAUUAUUGUUUUAUUGUCAGUUUUAUUCAUUUGAACCUGUAAUAGUAUUUUUGUAGUUUGAAUAUAUAGUUUUAGAUUUGUUGUAUUUUAA